GUGAUGCGUGGUCAUGUGAUACCUGCCUUUUCCUCCGUAGCUCUGUGUCGAAAGUUGCGAAGUUGCCUCAUUUGCAAACUUUAUAAUUUUUGAAAAUUCGGUUGUUCGCACAAUUAAAACAUGGCUGAACUUAGUUUUUUGAUUCCUAUGACCGUGAUGACACUUUUUUGGUGUAUCGUUGGUGGAGUAGUACCGUGGUUUAUCCCUAAAGGACCAAACAAAGGAGUGAUUGUUACCAUGCUGGUGUUAACUGCAGUGUGCUGCUAUCUGUUCUGGCUGAUUGCUAUUCUGGCCCAGCUGAACCCACUGUUUGGACCAGCUCUCAGCAAUGACACCAUCUGGUACCUGAACUAUCACUGGCCUUAAUCUAGAUUCACUGGACUCCUGACUGAUUGGGUAUUUUUCACAUUAUUCAUUUCAUAUGAAAGAAUAUAAAUAAAAAAAAUCACUUGACAUGGUCUAUAACUCUUUGGUUGUGUCGCUUGGUAUUCGCACCACUCUUCCUCAGCAGUCUUCAUGAUGAAUUCUCUCGUUAGGGAUGGUGUCGAGUCAUUGCUGCACACCAACAGAGAUUCCACCCUUCCAUUCGCCCUCAGAAUCAGAUUCUUGUUUGGUCGUGGUGACAUGACCAUAUUGUGCCUUGUACAAGCCUGUUUCCCAAAGGACUUUUGAGAGAACCUAUUUGAUGUGCUUUACAGAAAUCAAUUUGUGUUGUCGUGUUGUAUAAUUUAUAUUGUUUAAUAGUUUGCUACUUUGCAUACUCUUUGCCAUUAAAAAAUGCUUUACGUUGUCUUUGUUGUUGGUUCUAUUUUUGUAUAUUAAUGAUGAAUGUUCUAUAUUAACUACUCAUAAAUAAAUUGUGAAAUUACCCA